GAAUAGUCUGUUCCAUACAAUCAAACCGUAAAUGUCUGUUUCGACAUCAUAUUCUCGCUGAAAUCACAAAAUAAGAAUGGGUGACCACAAUGCCAUCAGCCUGGCCAGACAGCCCUUGUUCAGUGAGCAGACCCCAGACCUCAGCAGCUACAUAGAGACCAUCUACAGGUGCAAGGUCUGCCAGUUUCUUGGCGACACCACCGGGGUGGUGACAGAACACCUGAAGUCCGCUCACUUCUCCCAAAGCCUGGACCACUCCUAUGCAGGGGGGCACAUGACUGAGGACAGACCCCAGACAGAAAAAGUUUCUGAUGACGAUUCUGACAGGGAGCCAUUUGAUGAUCACAAUGAUGAAGACGAUAUGCCAUCAGGUGUUGCAGCCAGAUAUGAUGAUGAUUGGUCCACUGAAAUGCCGGAAAGUCCUCAUGACAUCUCUUCGGAAUUACUGAAGAAAAAGAAAAAUUACAGGUGCAGCACGGCAGGGUGCAGGUUAAGGUUCCCCACCCAGGAGCAGAGGGAUCUACACGAGCAGUGCCACCUGCAGGAGGGCGGGGCGUCUGAUGGCGCUUUCAGGUGCCCCACCUGUCAGGUGGAGGAAGGCACCUGGGAAAACAUGAUGAUUCACCUGGGCUCCCACAGCUGCGUGUUCCACCUGUACUGUGUCGUAUGUAACUGUGGCUUCUCCAGGAAAGAGGAACUGGACAGACAUCUGGCUGCCAAGCAUGGUGUCAAUCAACCAGACUGGCCUCUGCACUACAAACAGGUGCACACAUGGAAAUUUCACCACCAGACGCAGAAAUUCAGCUGUCUCAAAAAGGACUGCAAGUCAUACUUCUUCAACCAGGAAGAACUGGACAUCCAUAAAAGAUGCCAUGUUGAUAAAAAGACCCACUUCCAAUGCUACAUCUGUAUGCAAGCCGCUACAACCUGGCCUUCUAUGAAGUCCCACUUCCUACAGUGUCACGGACAAUUUUUGAAGGUCGAGGAAGGUGAAACGUUAGACAAUGGAACAGAAGUUGAAGCUGUUGCCAAGCCUUUGUACAUCCUGAAGGAAUCAGAAGAUACAGAGGUGUUAAGAAAUGGAAAGCAGGAAAAUGGACAGAGCAAAAGUCCUCAGGUCUCGAGACAGCAGCUGUCCUGGUUCUCCUGUACAUGGGAAGGCUGCAAGGUCAAGUACAGGACUGAGGAACAGCUGGAGCUUCACAGCCGCUGCCACCUUGUUGAAGGGGACAGCACAGAUUUCCAGUGUCCUUUCUGCCAGACAGGACCAACUGACUGGGAAGCCAUGCAGGACCACAUAACCCAACACACGGACCUCCUGCACCUGACCUGCGAGGCCUGUAACAAGUCCUUCCCCACCACAGGACAACUGGACAAACACUUCAGCAAACAGCACCUGAACAUGAAGGACACCCUGACCUUGGCACAGAAACAGAAGAUGGCACGAAGGUCAUUCCGCAGAAGGAAGAGGAAGUACAAAUGUGAGAACAAGUUCUGUAAGAAGGUUCUCUUCUUCAAAGAGGAGGAGCUACAUCUCCAUGAGCAGUGUCACGUUGAGAACUCCCCAGACUUCAGGUGUUACGUCCUAGACUGUAGAAAGGCUCAGGAUACAUUUAAGAGUUGGAUAAAACUAAAGUGUCACUUGGCAUCUGCACAUAACAUUCACAUAGCGGCCAGAGAUACGUAUACCGGUAAACAACCCAACAGACCAAAGAAAGACAACCUUCCCACCAUGUGUGAGGUUUGCGGCAAAGUUCUCAGUGGAAGACGUAAUCUGAGGAAACACAUGAGAGUACAUGAGGACCCCCUGAGGUGCCCACAGUGCCCCAAGUUUUCCACCACCCGUCCUCACAUGCUGCGGGCACACAUGGAGAAACACAGGGGGGAGGGCAGGUACCGCUGUAAGGAGUGUGGCUACUUCGCUCCCAUACAGUCUGAACUCAAGAAACACAUCCUGUGUGUGCACACUGAGGACAGGCCCUACAUGUGUGACCUCUGUGGAAAAUUCUUCAAGUUUUUGGGAAAUCUAAACCACCAUGUGCAGGUGAUUCACUCAGACACUCGGCCUUUUGCCUGUAAGAAGUGUAACUAUUCCUCCAAGUCCAAGGAAGGCCUGCUAAGACACAACAAGAGGGUACACUCAGACAACAAGAUGUCAUGUCCUCACUGUGGCUUCUCUACAUGCAACAAGUCUGCUCUUGAGAAACACAUGGACUUGCACAGUGAAGACCGCCAACACAAGUGCCCCCACUGUACCUACGGCUUCAAGGAGAGCAACGCCCUCAAGAGACAUAUUGAGGAAGUGCACUCAGAGAAGCCCCUUCACCACUGCAGCAGGUGUAGUUACAGCAGUAGUAACCACAUCCGCAUGGAGGAGCAUGAACUGGCUCAUCUGGAGACGACCAGGUACAACUGUGAAAUCUGCGACUUCAAGUCCAAGUGGAGGACAUCCUUAUUCCGACAUUAUAAGACAGUGCACAACAUUCAGAAACCCGUGGUGAAGUUAGCCAAGGCAUCCCCAGCCUCAGAUUCAAACAUCCUCCCCUCCCUGGGGUCCGUGCAGAUGGGCGUGGCUUCUGAGGAAACCGUGCCGGUGACGUCCACGGGAGAGAUAGACGGCGCAACGGCCAUCCUGAUGGGGCUCGCUUACGGAGCUGCGAGUGCUAGUAUUGGUAGUAACAUGGAGGAAUAUGUCGUGAAGACUGUUGACUGGAGUUAAUGAUCCCUUUGAUUUAGUUUGUUGUGUUUUAUUUCUAUCGAAGGGUCAUAAAUAAGUUGUUCACAUCACAGUUAUUUUGCAACAAAAAUGACUGAAUGAUAGUUUAAUAAAGAAUGUAUGAAGACCUUUUGUUGAGAAUGUUGGAGGAACUUUUACAAAACAGUUCAAAGGUAUUUUGAUACAAGUCCAGACAUUGGCUGGUUGUACACAAGUCUAUUAUUGGAACUUUCCAGUAUGUAAUGUAGCAACCUGUUUUGGUUCCUUUCAGUUAUAGGAAUGUUGGUUCCUUUAAGUUAUAGGAAUGUUGCUGUUUAUAAAUAUUAAAGA